AUGGGUUCUAUUGGAAUUGAAAGGUCGGGAUCCGAGGUUGUCACCAUUGAUGUUCAUGCAGCCAAGGGUUUGAUCCAGACCAGUCAUGUUUAUCUCGAUGUCAGGACGGUGGAAGAGUUUCAGAAAGGGCAUGUGGAUGCUGCGAAGGUCAUUAACAUUCCCUACAUGUUUAAUACACCAGAAGGUAGAGUGAAAAACCCAGAGUUUCUGAAGGAGGUUUCAUCAGCUUGCAAGAAAGAAGAUCACAUCAUUGUGGGUUGUCAAAGUGGAGUGAGAUCUGUGUAUGCUACUACUGAUCUUCUGACAGAAGGGUUUAAGGAUGUGAGUAACAUGGGAGGAGGAUAUCUUGCCUGGGUUAAAAAUGAAUUUGCAGUGAAAACACUUUUGGACUUGGUUAAAGAUGAAGUUCCAGUGAAAGCACCAGUGGACUUGGUUAAAGAUGAAGUUGCAGUAAAAGCACCCUAA